AUGGGCCUAACACCAGUUCACUUCUUCAGCCAUGGCUCGACCAUGAUGUUGGGUGAGGAGUCGACCAGUGCUGAUUACUGGAAGAAGUGCGGCGAUGACGCUUUGGCACACGGAAUCAAGGGCGUGAUCAUGAUGGGAGCACAUUGGGACGCCAGAGGCGACAAGAUCAUGGUCUCAGCCAAUCCCAAGCCCAACAAGAGUCCCGUAGCAUAUGUCCACCCUUCAAAAUACAUCGACUACGAACUCGUCCCUGAUCUACCUACAUCCGACCGCGUACUGGACUUGCUCCUCAAAGCAGGCUUCAACGCAGAAAAGGACGCCACUUUCGACUGGAUCCACGACACAUUCCUGAUCUUGAUCCGCAUGUUCCCCAACGGCUGCCCUCCCACCACAAUCGUCAGCAUGAACGCCUUCUACGACCCUCACUACCACAUGAAAGUCGGAUCGUCAUUGCGAUCGCUGAGAAAGGAAGGUUAUCUAAUCGUUGGCACUGGAGGUGCUGUCCACAACCUCUACCGCAACGUGUGGUGGCCUAUGGUGCAGCACAGAGAUAACUUUGCUCAAGUCGCUCCUCCGGAGAAGUCGCUGUUGGAGUUCAGACAGGCUGUCGAGGAUGUCAUGACACAGAACCAGGGUCCUGCUCUGCGUAGAGCCAUGACACGCUUGAUGAAGCACUACCAUUACCGUGAAGCUCACGGUACGGAUGAUCACUUCAUGGCAGCAUGUUUCUGUGCUGGUGCUGCAGGUGACUGGGAGGAUUUGGAAGAGCAAGGAGGUGUUUUGGGUGCCGAGACUUGGGAACUGCAGAACAUGUGCAACUCUCAAUUCACCAUUGGCAACUGGCAAGGAAGCAGGAGUGUACGCGCUGCAGCCUAA